GGUGACCUGUGGACCGCUGGAGUCGUGUUUUUCCGACCAUCGAGCCAUGGAAGUGCCAUACCGAUGUUUGGUUCCGGAGGAUUCGGUGUCCUUCAUCAUCGGAAAGGGGGGCGCCACCAUUCGGCAGAUGUGCGACCAGAGCGGCGCCAGCGUGUCCAUCUCCAAGCCCGGGGAAGCGCCGGCCACGCUGGGCGGACAAGAUCGUGACCCUGGCGGGGUCCCAACGGGCGAAAGAUGGCGCCUGCCGGGAGGUGGUACGGAAGCUGAGGCAGAUGCAGGGGGUGACAGACAUGGAGCCGGGGGUCUUUGUGAUCAUCAUCCCUCAGAUCUCCGUACCAGUGGUGAUUGGCACCAAGGGCGCACAGAUCAAGUCCAUCAUGGAGCAGUCGGGCGCGGAGAUCAAUGUUGGCCGAGAGGCGAUCUUGGGCAUGCCGGACCAGCCCAUCAGCAUCAAUGGCACGGUGGAGCAGGUGGUUUUGGCAGUCUCUGGCAUCAACAGCGUGCUGCAGGACAUGGCGGACCGGGGCAAGCUGCAUGACCGGGACUUCCUCUUCCGGGCUGAGAGCAACGGCGGCAGCGACUUCCUCUCCCGAAGGCCAGAGCCCGCCUCGGAGCGCAGGCCGGAGCCAACCUUCGAGCGCAAGCCGGAGCCAACCUUCGAGCGCAGGCCGGAGCCAACCUUCGAGCGCAAGCCGGAGCCAACCUUCGAGCGCAAGCCGGAGCCCGCCUUUGAACGCAAGCCAGAACCCGCCUUCGAGCACAGGCCAGAACCCGCCUUUGAGCGCAAGCCAGAGCCUGCCUUUGAGCGCAAGCCAGAGCCCGCCUUUGAGCGCAGGCCGGAGCCAACUUUCGAGCGCAGGCCGGAGCCCAGCCCCCCAACCGCCAGCGCCCACACAGCCGCAGCGCUAGCGCCAGCGCCAGCACUGAAUGGCCAUGGCGUCAAUGGUGGCUAUAGCCAGGGCAACCCAGCAGGAGGUAUGGGUGUCAUGGGUGCCAUGGGUCUCGGCAUGGGCAACAUGGGCAACAUGGGCAACAUGGGCAGCAGCGAAAAGGCCUUCUUCUCGGCCCUGCAGGCGUCAGGUAUCAACUCGGCAGAGCUGACCAUCCUGUUGCCCAAGGAUUUGUUGCACCAGGUCCUGGUGCCCCGAGGCAUCAUGAGCGAGGUGGCCCAAAGGUCGGGCUCCAGAAUAGAUGUGGGCGAGGAGGCCCCUCCAGGUAUGCUGCAGGUGACGCUGCACGGGCAAAUGGUGGGGAACUCCAUGGCAGCGAUGCUCUUGCAAGAGCGGGUGAUUCAGUGGCACAUGCGGUGAAGCAGGUGGCGGGCGCC